GGAGGUGGGGUGGCAUGCCACCUCACCACUCCACAUUAUGUUCCCCCCUCAGAUGUCCCUUCUUGGCUGAAGAGUCUACGGCUCCACAAGUAUGCAGCCCUCUUCUCCCAGAUGACAUACGAGGAGAUGAUGACACUGACGGAGCACCACCUGGAGUCGCAGAACGUCACCAAGGGCGCACGGCACAAGAUUGCCCUCAGCAUCCAGAAGCUGCGGGAGCGGCAGAGUGUCCUCAAGGCACUGGAGAAGGACAUCUUGGAAGGUGGGAACCUGUGGACAGCACUGCAGGAGCUGCAGCAGAUCAUGGUGACGCCCAUCAAGGCCUUCAGGCCCCCCCCUGCCCCCCCUGCUAAUGGAGCACAUGAUAGGGCUCCCCCAGGGGCUGCCGAUACCUUUGCCCCCCACCCAGCUGGCGACACUGAGGCCCCCGCAGCCCCCGUCCCUGACGGAGACAUCCCGGGGCAGUUCACUCGUGUCAUGGGCAAAGUCUGCACCCAGCUGCUGGUGUCACGGCCAGAUGAGGAGAACAUCACAAGUUACCUCCAGCUCCUUGAGAAGUGCCUGAGCCACGAGGCGUUCACAGAGACGCAGAAGAAGAGGCUCUUGUCUUGGAAGCAGCAGGUCCUGAAGCUGCUCCGCGCCUUCCCCAAGAAGGUGCCACUUGACGGCCAGGGCUACCGGCCUCCCAAAGGCUGGGGCUUUGGCUCCAACUCACUCCCCAUAGCUGGCUCUGUGGGAGGGGCGGGGGGGCGGCGGGGGCAGCGCCCCUUCGCGUUGCCCCCCCGUGCACUGCCCCCCGCCCGCCUGGGGCUGCUGGGCCCUGCUGGGGGAGGUCCUGGCCCACGGCCUCCCCUCGGUGCAGCCCCCCUUGGGGCACAAGGACGCCAGAGCCUGUGGUUCAGCAGCGGGGGGGCUGGGGGUGCCCCGGGGAGCCGCAGCGUGGUGCAGCGCACCCACUCGCUGCCCGUCCACACCUCACCCCAGGCCCUGCUUGCCUUCCCCCAAGGUAAGUCCAAGCUGAGUGUUGGGGCUGGGAGGGGAACACAGCACCAUGUGCCCCCACCCCUCACACCUGCCUCUUCACCGCACCUUGGCCCCACAGAGUGUCCUGUCCCUGGCACGGACCUAGAGAUCAACCCCACGCUGGAGUCACUGUGCCUGAGCAUGACGGAGCACGCACUGGGGGACGGCACAGACAAGACCUCAACCAUCUGACGGCUCUGCCCCCACCACAGGGGUGCCACACCCAUUGUUGCCCCCCCCUCCCCUCUCCCACUCUGUGCUGUGACCAUUGACCCCACCCUGGGGGGCCCUAAAAUGUGUAUGUGGGGGAGGGGAAAUGGGGAAUUCCCUCCCUCCUUUAUCCAC